AUGUAUGGACUGGUGGGCGCGACUGCCGUGCUGACCUUGCUUUCUUACCCUUACAUAUUCCUCACUGUACGAGGCUCCAUCGUUAAUCUCGACCCUGCGACUGAAGAGGCAUCUCGCGGUCUUGGGUACGGUUCUUGGAGAACAUUCUUCCGUGUAACGCUGCCGCAACUUAAGCCUUCCAUUGCUGCGGGGUCACUUCUGGUGGCGCUCUACACACUCAGCGAGUUCGGCGCGGUCGCUCUGCUGCGAUAUAACACUUUCACAUUCGCCAUUUACCAGCAAUAUGAAGGAUCUAUCGACCGCUCAGUUGCGGCUGUGUUGUCGUUCGUGUUAGUGCUGAUGGCAGUCGUCAUAUUGCUCCUUGAGAACUACACUCGGGGGCGAGGACGGUACUUUCGCUCCGGAGCGGGUUCGGCGCGCAAGCCCGCGAUAGUGAAGCUGGGGCGAUGGAAGUGGGCAGUCAUGACCGCAAUGGGGAUCGUACUGAUGCUCGCGCUGGUUCUUCCGAUUAGCGUCCUUGUAUUCUGGCUGCUGCGAGGGAUUGGUGCAGGUGAGCCGCUGCUCCUGCUUUGGAGCGCAACGCGGAAUUCACUGCUUGUGUCGGGUGCCGCUGCCCUGGUUACCGCUGGGAUGGCGAUUGCAAUGGCGGUUCUUCUGGUGCGCUAUCCGACGAAGCUGAACCGCAUACUUGAGCCAAUCAGUUUCACCGGCUACGCGCUACCGGGCGUUGUUGUCGCGCUGGCGCUGGUAUUCUUCGGAGCGCAGUACGCGCGCCCGAUAUAUCAGACGCAUUGGCUGUUGAUAUUCGCCUAUGCUGUGCUGUUCUUCCCGGUCGCUCUCGGCUCAGUACGUUCUGCGCUGAUGCAAAUCAGCCCACGUCUGGAAGAUGCGGCGCGCUGCCUUGGGCACAAUCCGCUGCGGGUGGUGAUGCGCGUUACUCUGCCACUUAUGCGCUCCGGUGUAAUGAUGGGUGCUGCCUUGGUCUUUCUGCUGACGAUGAAAGAGCUGCCCGCCACCCUGAUACUGGGACCUCUGGGAUUCAAAACGCUCGCCACAUCCGUAUGGGCGGCGUCCUCUGAAGCGUUCUUCGCUCAAGCGGCGGCGCCCGCUCUGAUGAUUAUCUUGAUGUCCUCCGUGCCGAUGACGCUGCUCGUACUGCGCGAAAAGAGCAAUCUGGCAUGA